CUCCGUCCUUGUCUGUUGCCUAUGCCAACACAGAACACUCUAAGUAACUACCACUGCCGCUGAGCAAUCCAAAGCAUAGUUCAAAAAUUAAUCAAGAAUCCUAAAUUCUCGAUUCCCAUUUCCUCAAUUUCGAAGAUGGGUAGGUCUCUCGUCUUCUCUACAAACACCCCACUCAGGUUUUCUCACCUACCCAGGUCGAUUUCACCACUGAAUCACCCAAACCAGAGCCAAGUUCGGAUUUUUAGUGCCAGAAUUGGGCUGUGGAACUCAAAAUCCUUCAGAAAGCUAUGCACAAGAGCUGUGUUAUCAGGGAUUCCCAAUCAGAAACAGUACCAAAAAAUGGGUGCCCAAUCAACUGGACCAAUCCCCCAAAAUCAGCUCAUUGAAGUUGUUGAGACUGCUGCCAAGACCGGCGCUGAAGUUGUGAUGGAUGCUGUUAAUAAGCCUCGUAAUAUAGUGUAUAAAGGACUGACUGACUUGGUGACUGACACAGAUAAAAUGAGUGAGGCUGCUAUUCUAGAAGUAGUAAGAAAGAAUUUUGGAGAUCAUCUCAUACUUGGGGAGGAGGGAGGAAUCAUAGGAGAUACCUCGUCAGAUUAUCUGUGGUGUAUUGAUCCUUUAGAUGGAACAACGAAUUUUGCCCAUUGUUACCCUAGCUUUGCAGUUUCUGUGGGAGUUCUGUAUCGGGGUAGUCCUGCUGCUGCUGCUGUGGUGGAGUUUGUUGGGGGUCCUAUGUGUUGGAAUACCCGUAUAUUUUCUGCCACUGCUGGUGGGGGAGCAUUUUGUAAUGGACAGAAGAUUCAUGUUAGUCAAACUGAUAAGGUUGAGCAAUCUCUUCUAGUCACUGGGUUUGGGUAUGAACAUGAUGAUGCAUGGACUACCAACAUUGAUUUAUUCAAGGAAUUCACCGAUGUUAGUAGGGGUGUAAGAAGGCUUGGUGCUGCAGCAGUGGACAUGUGCCAUGUAGCUCUAGGGAUAGUGGAAGCAUACUGGGAAUAUCGUCUGAAGCCAUGGGAUAUGGCUGCUGGCGUUUUGAUAGUUGAAGAGGCUGGUGGUACAGUUACUUGCAUGGAUGGUGGAAAAUUUUGUGUGUUUGAUAGAUCUGUUUUGGUAUCUAAUGGGGUGCUUCAUUCCAAGCUUUUGGAGAGGAUUGCACCUGCAACAGCGAAACUGAAGAGCAAAGGAAUUGAUUUCUCACUAUGGUUUAAGCCAGAUAAUUACCCCACAGAUCUUUGAAAUUCCCAACAAUUCUUCUUUCAUUUUUCGACCUACCUAGAAGGUGUUUGCAGCAAACAGGUGCUUUUCGUGGUUCCUUACCUUGUUACCUUUUUCUUUAAUGAUCUUAAUAAGCUUGGGUUUAUUUAUGAUUUUAGUUAGUAACUAAAUAUGAUCAUACAUGAGAGAUGUAAGACAUUGAAUAAUAGGUAACUUGGUCCAGACUCAUUGUACACUGAGGUAUUUGUGUUUCUCUUUCUUAUACACGUACAAACCGUUGUUUAAAUAAAAAAUAAUGUUAAAA